AUGACGUCAAGUUUUGCGCCAUCAUCAGAACCUACAGCAAUGCUUGAUGCAUUGUCAAAAGAAAACGAAUUUACAAUAAUGGGAAUUAAUGAAAUGCUUGCGAAAUGCUACCUGGAUGAUGACUGCAAAACAAUUUUGCAUCCUGGAACCAUAAGAAUGCUUCGACGUAAUGCUGUAAGUAAUAUCUUCGAGCAUCUCAAUGCUUACACCAUUCAACAGAUUAAUGAUUCAACUGUAUUCCAUCAAUACUGCAAUCUCAAAUCAACUCAAUCUGAUAAUGAGCUUUGA